AUGGGAGCUGGAGCAAGUACUCCUGUGGCAGAGCCACCUGCAACAUGCCCAGUUGAUCACAAGACCCGUGAGAUUUGGCUGCAGCAAAAUGGCAAAUCACCGCAUCCCUCGGAAUCCGAGGACCGACAGGCGCCUGCAGGUCAGGGACAAACACGCGCUAAAUCGCAACGACCACUAUCAACGGACCGAGAAGUGAGCACGAUACCCCGAGCUGGUGAUUUUAGUGCCGACAGCGCCUGUCCUGAGGCCAAGAAGGGAGCAUCAUCUCCAUAUGCUGCUUCGCACGGCAGCCCGUCCAAUGCCGAAACCGAGACCGGCCGUGACGAAGCUACCGGCAACUGGAUCUACCCAUCUGAAAAACAAUUCUUCGAAGCAUUGAUGCGCAAGGGUAACACCCCCGGGUCUACCGAAACCGCCUCAGAACUUGCGACCUCCGUCGCCUCGAUCAUUCCAAUUCACAACGCCGUCAAUGAGCGCGCAUGGAACCAGAUCCUCGAAUGGGAGAAAAAAGGCCCCUCAGCAGACCCAGGCAGCACAAAAUGUGGAGGACCCAAAUUAUAUUCCUUCCGCGGCUUGGGUGUCGAUCCACAAUACCUCAGUCCGCGUGCGCGGAUCAAUGGGUGGCUUGGCUACCAGCAUCCAUUUGAUCGCCAUGACUGGGUCGUUGAACGAUGUGGAGGCGAGAAGAUCGAGUAUGUGAUCGACUUUUACCAAGGGAAGCCAACAGGAAACAGUGGAAACUCCGGUCUAGCAGGCAAUGCCGGUCCCGGGAAGCUCAGUUUCUUCCUUGAUGUUCGGCCUAAGUUGAACAGUUAUGAGGGCUGGAGGUUGAGGUUCAACCGAUUCACUGGUCUAUGA